UUUCCCGAGCUCCGCCAGACUGACCAAUUUUUCUACUUUUUCGUCCCCUUACGAAGAGUAAACAUAUAACAGAUAAGUAUUUCAUACUACCUUAUAAUAUAUUCACUCGAAACGCGUGUUAUAUCGUUUUCGUAUAAGUUUAUAUCGUAUAAGUUUUAAUAGUUUUGCAGCACACCGCUUCUAGCCGGCUUUUCAUUAGCAUCGCUAGCCCGUUAGCCCGGCUAUCACAAGUUUGUUUACGCUCUUUCGCACCGGUUAUUUCUAUUUUUAGACACCAUGUCGGUUGGGUCUCUGCCCCUGUGUGCAGGUGAGGAGACAUUGGAGCUGCACUCGGUGGACUUGGAGAUGGAGGCCGUGGAGAAGCUGAUCCGCGACCUACAGGUGAAGCUGGCCCGGCUACAGCAGCGGAAAGCCACGCUGGAAUCGUCGCGGACCGACGCUCACCUGUCUCAGGUAAAUUCUCGGCAUGAGAAUUCUCCGACAACCUCUACUCCGCGUGCUUCUCUGCCCAGGUCCAACGCACCGAGAACGCAGCCUGCCCAGCUUUCCUUCACCCCGGCGCCGGGAUACCACGAGGCCUGGAAACUUCAGCAGCGGAAGACGCGCGCCAAGCCCCGGGCGAGGACCUCUCCUCCUCCGCCACCACCCGUCUUCGAGAUCUCAACCCGAAACCGCUUCGCUCCUCUCCGUGAGACGGCACACGACGCGCUGGUCAUCGGAGACUCCAUUGUCCGGCACGUGCGUGCUACCACAGCUAAAGGUAAGGCGUACACGCGCUGUUUACCUGGUGCACGUGUUCUUGAUGUUGCUGCACAGGUGCCUGCGGCCCUGAGGAAGAACAUUCGAGCUGUGGUUCUCCAUGCUGGCACCAACGACAUCAGGCUGAGGCAGACGGAGAUCCUAAAGAAGGACUUCAGGAGCCUGGUUGAGAAGGUCCGCAGCACAUCACCCACGACAAAGAUCGUCGUAUCUGGACCACUUCCGACAUUUCAGAGAGGAAUCGAGAGGCUCUACCGCACAGAUGGCCUGCACCCUAGCAGAGCUGGAGCAGCGGUCCUCUCUGACAACAUCUCCAGGACAUUACGAACCAUCUGACUUGCGGUAAGUCAUACCUCAGAUUCUUUAGAUAUCAGCCACAAUACAACCCACCAUACUAAUAGACGCACACACAUAGCUUGUACUAUAGAAACUGUGUCUAUUCCCCGAUUAGUGAGAAAAAAGAAUAAAUUCGUUAAAUCCAGCCGAAACAAUCUGGUAACCAUUAAACCAGAAAAAGCCCAAAUAAGUAAUCGAAGUCUACCUCUAAAGUUUGGACUUCUCAACAUUAGAUCCCUUACGCUAAACCAACUGUCUGCUAGCUGCAUAGAGUCGUCACUCAGGGUUCACUCUAUUGAGACUGUGUCUGUUCCCCGAGCUAAAAACAAAUUUAGAAAGACUCAGAAAGUCUGUUUUAGUAAUUUAAUUAGCAUAAAGACCACAAACUUGGAUCAGACUGAAUGCGCAGCCGGCACCUCUGAUCUGAAGCUAGGACUGUUAAAUAUUAGAUCUCUCGCAUCUAAAGCAGUUAUAGUUAAUGAAAUUAUCACAGAUCAGGAGUUUGAUAUACUCUGUUUAACAGAAACCUGGAUUAAACAGGACGAGUAU